AUGUCAAAAGAAGAUUUUCAUUCAGAACCCAAUAAAAUGGACAUGAUUCACUUAAAAGAUGCUCUAGCACAUAACAAGGCUCUUCAUUUCACAUCAAGAUUUAUGUAUCUAACAUUGUGGGGCGAUGAAAUUUCCAAUCAAACACAAUUUAAAGAAGUGGUGGAUCGUCUAGCUGGUGCAACAAAUAACGUACAGUAUGCACAUAUUUCACCCACUGAAAUAGACGAAGUAAAUCCAAAACCACACCAGCAUCUACUGAUAGUCACUAAGAGACCACGCUCUUUUAAAGCGAGACCGAUAAUCAAUCACUCAGACGGAACAAAACAAUCCUUCUGGUACUCGCGAGUAAAUUCGUACACUUCACGCACUGGAGAUAUCUCAGCAAUUAUACGUUAUAUUACAAAGAAAGGUGCUGGAAUGUCUAAAGGUGAUCCUUCUACUAAAGAAGAUUUGAAGCAGACAUGGAUUAACGCUUUAUCAGAACUUGAUUCUUAUCAGGAUUACAAUGAACUAGAAAAAAACCUUCUGGAUAUAAAUGCUGAAAAAUAUAUUCAGCAAGAAGGUAAAAUAAAGGCGAGAUGGAUGCGUAAGAAUGCAAGGCGUUUAGAUAUUGAACAUUAUACAAGAACCGAUUUAUUCCCUUGGAGAGAGGAAAUGCCAGAAGUACAAACAAUUCGUAAAUGGUUGAAAUGUGCCCAAGGGAAUAAAUAUCGUAUGGGAAAUCUGUUUAUUGUAGGACCCACCAAAACAGGUAAAACAGAAUUUGCUAUACAAGAAAUCUUCUUAAAAUAUAACACGUUCAUGUUAAGAGGAGAUUCUUUAUUCGAUGCAUAUGAUGACGAGCAAAAUUAUAAAUUCAUUCUCUUCGAUGAUAUAAAUUAUGAUAAAAAUUUAAUUAGAUUAAUAAAAGCAAUCACUUCUACUAUAGAUAAAAAGACAAUGGUAAAUAUUAAAUAUUCCAAGGCAAUUGUUACUGCUAGGCCAUGUAUCCAUUUAUUAAAUCAAAAGGAGUACGAAAGUGUUGUAGAUUUAAUGAAAUACAAUGGAGGUUAUAACUGGUGGAAAAGAAAUUCCUUAACAGUAUUCAUAGAUAAAAAACUUUAUAAAGAUCCAGAAGAAUCUGAAAAAGAUUCAGAAGACAUGGAAAAGCAAGAAGAAAACUAUGAUGCAAUGGAAGAUUUACAAGAAAAAUAUGAAAACAUUAAAGAUAUGCCAGAAGAACAGGAUUCAAUUGACGAUAAUCCAAUAGAGCACCUUUCUUUCUAUAAAAGAGUGACCAAUUUAAUGGAGUCACUCGGAUAUGAUGAAGAAUUCUUAGAAGGUCUGUCAGAAAAAAUAUCAGAAGCGAAGAAAGAUAAGAAAAUGAAAAAGAUUUUAAAUGAAUCACAAGAAGACAACACAAGCAUGAUAGAGGAAUGGAACGAUGAUUUAGAAAAAUACCAAUCAGAUAACCCACUUGGUAUGACAACAGAAGACUUCAACAAUUUUGAAAAGGAAACAAUGUCUCAAUACGAAAAACAGAGAAGUAAUUACUUUAAUAAACAAUUAAAAGAUGAUUAUAUGGAUGAAGAAGACGAUGAUUAUGAAGAAGAAGAAGAUUAUUCAGAAGGACCACUAGAACACACACCUUUUGGAGGGAAAAAUGAUGAUAUAGACAUAAUAUAUGACUAA